GCACUGACUACAUAAACCGAUUAUUGAGCUGUUGUGCAACACAUACUUGGUACCAAGAUGGGUAGCUGUGGGUUUGAGGUUACUGUUGUUUUUUGUUUGUACUUUGGAGUUUUUGUGUUAGGAAGUAAAUAUUCUAAGGAGUUGAACGAACCCGUAAAGGACUCUGCUGAUGAAAAGACAGAAUUUAGGAUUUCCAAACUAAACCAGAUUUGGGAGAAAGCUCAUCGUUUAGAAUUUUCUGCUGUAAAACUGUCGGAGCUUCACAGUGACCUGAAACUACAAGAGAAAGAUGAACUCAACUGGAAGAAGUUAAAAGCUGAAGGACUUGAUGAAGAUGGAGAGAAAGAAGCUAAACUUAGGCGUAACUUAAAUGUGAUUUUAGCCAGGUAUGAAAUGGAUGGAAAGAAGGACCCAAAACACCUAGAGACAAACUUCCUGCAAGAUCAUGAUGGCAUGGACAGUGAUGUAUACAAUGAUCCCAAAUUAGAUAAACUAUGGAUCAAGGCAAAGUCAUCUGGCAAGUUCUCUGAAACCGAACUAGAGAAUUUACGUCGCGAGUUUAAGCAUCAUAAGGAAAAGCUUCAGGAAUACCAAAUUCUCAUGGAUACUAUUAGCAGAACAGAAGAAUUUAAAGAACCUAGAGUUAUUGAGCUGUGGGAGAUGGCCCAAAGAUCAAAUUUUACAACAAAGGAACUUGAGUCAUUAAAGGAGGAGCUGCAGCAUUUUGAGGUGAAAGUUGAAAAGCACCAGCACUACAAAGAGCAGUUAGAGAUUUCCCAUCAAAAGCUGAAGCAUGUAGAGGCACUAGGAGACAAAGAACACCUGAGCAGGAACAAGGAGAAGCAUACCAUGCUGUCCGAAAAGACCAAAGAAUUGGGAUACAAGGUGAAAAAGUUUAUGCAAGAUUUAACAAACAGAAUCUCAAGAGGAGGCCUUCAGCACAAUGAACUGUGAAUAAGACUUUCUGCAGCUCAGUUUGAUGACUUGUACUGUAUGAGUGACUCACAUGGUCUGUAAGAUUCUAACCACCAAUUAAAAGGCCAGGUAUACAAUGUACUGUCAUAUGCACAUGGCAAAUUUAGAAUCUGGAAAAACUGCAUUGUUUGCAACAUACAGAAAUUAUUCUGGAAUUUCAAAGCUCUGGAGAAGACCUCAAAUCGUGGAUUUUCGUGUAUUCAUUUGAAAACAUGAACUCACCCAUUAUGCAAUAUUUUGUUUGGAUGUUCUCUAAAUGUACAUAAUUUUUUUUUUGGGGGGGGGGUGCAUUUCAUGUUUAUUUCUGAAGUUGAGACCAUUUGACAAAUUUAAUGUUUAAUUUAAUUGUAGCGGUUUCAUGCAGAUCAUUUUCACAAUAUAAAUAAGUUAAAAUUAUGUAAACAUGCAUGUCAUUUCUGUCUGUAUGUUAUAGUAAUCACUUUAUUGUAAUUUUGAUAAAAUAUCUAUUACAGCAAGGGAAAAACAGGUAAUGAAAGAUCUGUAGUUCUGAUCUGAAGAAAAGCAUGACAUUUUUGAAAACCCUGUUUUUCUUCAUUUCCCUAAUAUUUGGAAACUGGUAGUCAUUUUUUUUCAUGUGUAACAGCAUUGGUUUUGUUAUCGUCAUAGUCUGUAUUUUCAAAGCUGAAAAAAAUAAAUGGUUGACUUCAACCAUGGACACAUA